AGUGGAAGGAGAUAUAAGCUGUUCCUGAAGCGACGUCUCAGGAUUGAUAAAAGACAUCAAAGCAAAGAUUCUAUUUUCUUCAGGGACGGUGUCAGGAGAAUUGAUUUUGUUCUCUCCUAUGUGGAUGAUCUUAAUAAGGAAUGGGAAAAAAAGUUGGAAAGAAGAAAAGAAUUUGAGAGCAAUCUGCAAAAGGCUGGUUUGGAACUAGAAACAGAAGAUAAGAAGGAAUCUGAAGAUGGCAAGAUUUAUUUUGUGAAGAUCCAUGCCCCGUGGGAGGUUCUGAUCACAUACGCAGAAGUGCUGAACAUUAAAGUUCCCAUCAAGGAAAAUGACAUUCCCUCGACGGUGGAGAACCCCCUGGACUGUAUGCUUGCGCCACUCAGGCUUCCCGAGAAGGUGAUGCAUCCGGAACCAGAUUAUUUCACGGCCCCGUUCAGCAAGGAGAAGCAGGAGCUGUACCUCAUUAAUGACGAGAGCACUUUCUUCUCACCAUCCAUGAGAAACAGAAUAGUUAAUUAUAUUCUUACACGUUGCCCGUAUGGAACAGAAGAAGGGAAGAAAAAAUUUGGGAUUAAGAGACUGCUAAAUAAUGGCACCUAUUCAGCUGCAUACCCCCUUCAUGACUGCCAGUACUGGAAAAAGGCAAAUGAUCCAAACUGUGACAAUGAGAGAUACACGCUGUACAUGGAGUGGGCCCGCUUCUUGCGGUUCUACAAAGAACAGCCUUUGGACCUCAUCAGGAAGUACUAUGGUGAGAAGAUUGGGAUCUAUUUUGCCUGGCUAGGAUUUUACACUGAGAUGUUAUUCCUUGCAGCUGUUGUUGGCUUAAUCUGUUUUCUUUAUGGCUUGUUUACAAUGGAUGAAAAUAUGAGCAGCAAAGAAAUCUGUGACCCUGCAAUUGGAGGAGAGAUCAUCAUGUGCCCUCUUUGUGACCGGGAGUGUGAGUACUGGAGACUAAACACCACCUGUGAGUCCUCAGAGUAUUCCCAUUUGUUUGACAACGUGGCAACUCUCUUUUUUGCCAUUUUCAUGGGCAUAUGGGUUACGCUUUUCUUGGAGUUUUGGAAGAGACGGCAAGCUAGACUGAAAUAUGAGUGGGAUUUGGUUGAUUUUGAAGAGGAACAGCAGCAACUCCAGCUGAGGCCUGAGUACGAGGCAAAAUGUACCCAAAAGAAGAAGAAUCCUGUAACUCAGGAGAUGGAGCCUUAUUUGCCUAUAACUAGCCAGGCUGUGCGGUUCUGCAUCUCAGGGACUACAGUGUUGUUCUGGGUGUCUCUGAUUAUAGCUAGCAUGAUAGCUGUGAUCGUGUAUCGUCUUGCUGUGUACGCUGCCUUUGCCAGCCUGAUGGAGAACACUCAAACUUUACAACCCAUCAGUGGAUUACUGACCCCUCAGCUGGCAACUUCAGUCACAGCCUCAUGCCUGAACUUUGUCAUCAUCAUGAUACUGAAUUUCUUAUAUGAGAGAAUAGCCAUCUGGAUUACUGAUAUGGAGAUUCCCCGAACUCACAUGGAGUAUGAGAACAGGCUCACUAUGAAAAUGUUUCUGUUCCAGUUUGUCAAUUACUAUUCAUCCUGCUUCUACGUGGCCUUCUUCAAAGGGAAGUUUGUUGGUUACCCAGGUGCCUACACAUACAUGUUUAAUCGCUGGCGAAAUGAAGAGUGUGAUCCUGCGGGCUGUUUGAUAGAAUUGACGACACAGCUCACCAUAGUCAUGGCUGGCAAACAGAUCUGGGGAAAUAUCCAAGAGGCCAUUGUACCCUGGAUUUGUAACUGGUGGGGUCGCCGGAAAGCCAGAAACAAUCCAGAAAAUUUAUACAGUCGCUGGGAGCAAGACCAUGAUCUGCAGACAUUUGGAGCCUUAGGCCUGUUCUAUGAAUAUCUAGAAAUGGUCAUUCAGUUUGGAUUCAUUACUCUCUUCGUGGCGUCCUUUCCCCUGGCUCCCCUUCUUGCUCUGAUGAAUAAUAUCCUGGAGAUUCGAGUAGACUCCUGGAAAUUAACCACUCAGUACAGGAGACCUGUGGCUGCGAAAGCACAUAGCAUAGGAGUCUGGCAAGAAAUCCUGAACGGAAUGGCCAUCUUGUCUGUUGUCACUAAUGCUUUUAUUGUUGCAUUCACAUCAGAUAUGAUUCCUCGUUUGGUUUACUACUAUGCUUAUUCUGAAAAUGAAGACUCGCCUAUGUCUGGAUACAUAAACAAUAGUUUGUCAGUGUUUCAAAUCUCAGAUUUUCCUGACAGAAACAAGCCUAAACUGAAUCCAGAAAACUUAGUCAUAUGCAGGUACAGAGACUAUCGAUAUCCUCCAGAUCAUGAGAGGAAAUAUUUACACACUAUGCAGUUCUGGCACAUUCUUGCUGCAAAACUGGCUUUUAUAAUUAUUAUGGAGCAUGUUGUAUUCAUCGUCAAAUUCUUUGUAGCAUGGAUGAUUCCUGAUGUCCCUGCAGACGUGAAAGCCAAAAUAAAACGUGAAAAAUAUUUAACACAGAAAAUCCUACAUGAGUAUGAACUUGAAAAACUGAAGGAGAGACUGUGUCAAGGUGAUAAACGAGCCACAGAAAAGGAGUUCAUCGCCACAGAAGGGAGAAUGGAGUUAUCCAGAGCAAUGUAGUGGAAAAAACAACAAUUUGGGAUUUCGCUGAUUUUAGCUUUUUUUAUCUGUGAUUUGCUCAGUAUGCAUCAUCUUGAAAGCUAUAGGACAAUUUCAACCCUUCGCUUUCAGUCCAAAGAUUUUAGACUUUUCUUUAAAAGUCUUACUGAGCAUUCUAGGUUCAGUAAAUCUACUUAACUGUAUGACUUCAGCACUGUUUUCUAUUUAACCCAUCACUUUGAAUAAGUGUACAAGUGUAAUCUUGUAAUCCUAGAAUUUGGAUUCCCA